CAUCCAUCGACCCCGUCGGUUCAUCCCCCUGUCCAUCUGCCCGCCGCUGCACCCCUCGACCCGCCAUGGCUGCCCCGAGCGUAUCCAGGCGGCCUGUUAUCGCCGAAUACGAGGGGCUCAAGUACAUCUUCGACAUUGACUUCGAGCACCCUCUGACCAGUCUCAAGCAGCAGAUAUCCGAGCAUCUGGAUGUGCCCAACCCCGAGCGUAUCGUUGCAAAAUACGACGAGCCCGAUAUCGGCCUAGUUAUCUUGGCCAGCGAUGUGGCAUUCCAAGAGCUCAUGGCUGAAGCCAAUACAAGGGGCAAAAAAGCACUCGUCCAGCUCGCCUCGAAGCCCUCGCCUCCCAAAGCCUCUGAAGCCGCUCCCGUCCCCGUGCUUGGGUCUGUGCCUGAAGGCCCGUCCAUCAAAUCAGCCGUGCUCUCGCCGGCGCUCGGGCGGACAGCCUCUAAGGCCUCUGCGAAGUUCAAGCCGGACGAGAGCUUUGACGUCAUGCUCUCCUACCAGUGGGUGGGACUCGCAGGAGGUUGUUCGUCAAAUCUUCCUUGGCCUGAUGAGCCGCGGCAUCAAAGUCUGGAUGGAUCUGGAUCAGAUGUCGGGCGAUAUCUACGAAAAGAUGGCCAAUGCCAUCCUCAACAGCAGGGUUGUUGUGCCAGUGCUCACUCUCAAGUACCAGGCAUCCGCAAACUGCAAAAUCGAGCUCAACUAUGCACAGGAUCUGCGAAAGCAUCUCGUCCCUGUCCGUCUGCUGGGCAAGCAGGACCAGCCUCGUGGCCAAGCCUUUGCCAUCACCGCUGGCAAAAUCUACGUAGACUUUUCGAGCAUCGUGCCUGGAUCGACUGACUGGAACGAGAAGAUCGAGGCCCUGGUCACCGAGAUUCAGCAUGGCACCGCCGACGAGGACGAAGGUAGCGAUGAUGACGCAGACCCGCCUCCGCCGUAUACUGUAGCCGACGCGAUUCAGUCGUGGCUGCAGCCUGUCGACUUUAGCGCCGACAUGGCUUCCUACCAGCGAGAAUACGUCUCGGGCACGCGCCUCUGGGCCCGAGACCACAUCCACAACUGGCUGAAGGAGACGGAUCAAGACUCGACCCGGGUGCUAUGGCUCAACGGCGGUGCGGGUGUCGGCAAAUCCAUGAUUGCAUGGCUCGCCAGCCAGGAGCUGCCCCAGAACUGCGUCUUGGGCUCGAUCUUCUUUUGCCGACACAACGACCAGAGCAAGAACAACGCCUCGAGGCUCGUCUCAACCAUCGCUUACGACCUGUCCGGAAAGUUCCCCGAGUUCCGCGAGCACAUCGAAGCCUGCUACCAGACAGAUAAAGCCGGUAUAGAACUCGGACAGCACAGCUUGCUUGAGCAGCCGGCGAACGCAUUCCGUACUCUCAUUGUGGACGGCCUCAAGAAGCUGACGUGGCAAAACACCACCAUCCUGCUGGUCAUCGACGCCCUUGACGAGUGCGGGCGCCAAGGCGACGCCGACCGUGAGGGAUUGCUCAGCGUCCUCAAGACCGACUGUGCCCAACUGCCUCCGAGCAUCAAGAUAUUCACUACCGCCCGGCCCGAAGCCGACAUCUGGGAAACCCUGCACAGCCUUGACUCGGGCGUACUCAAGCCGACAGACUCGCGCAAUAUCGACGACAUUGAAUUGUUUGUGCAGGAUCGGCUCAGGCGCAUCCCCACGCUCAGCCCGGUCUUCGAAUCAGAGCUGUCGGAAGUCAGCGUCUCUGAGCUGCAGCGCUGCACGGCCAAGCUGGUCGAGCGAUCAGAGGGUGUAUUCGUCUACUCGCGAAUCGCCUGCGAAGAGCUUUCGCUCAGACAGCCGCAUACGCUCGAAGAGCUCGAGGGUAUGGUCGACCUCCUGGCACCCGGCAGAGACGAAAUGUACGACCGUAUCAUGCGCACGGCCUUCGAAGGCGCCGGCUUGGGCACGGUCGAGCAUUUCCAGCUCGUCAUGGGCACGAUUCUGGCGCUGCGCGAGCCACUGAGCCAGGCUGCGCUCUCGAGUUUGAUUGGAGUACCAGAGUCAAGCAUUGCAAGCACCAUCCUGCGCCUCCGACCGGUCCUGAACAUCGAGAGCGGACUCAUCACGGUCCUCCACAAGAGCCUGAAGGACUAUCUGACCUCCAGAGAGCGAUGCCUCGAUCCGCGCUUCUAUAUCGACACCCAGUCCUUCGAGCACAUGCUGUUCAAUCGAAGUGUCGACAUUCUGUCGUUAGAGCUCAAGGAGAAUCUCUUUGAGCUCGAAGAUCCCCUCAUCACCUUCGGCCGGUACUCUGCCACCAAAAUGUCGGCACAUCUCUCGUAUGCUGUCCGCUUCUGGGGCUUGCACCUGGCAGGCUCGCCACGCCGCGAUCCAGGCCAGAGCUUCAAGGCGUUCUGCAACAGACACUUGCUGCAUUGGCUCGAGGCAAUGAUCCUCCUCGGCAGAUACCCCGAUAUCUCCCGCAACAUUGCCCUCGUGCUCGACUAUCUGAACUCUCUCACCGAGAAGCCUGUGGUAGAAACGGAGUUGCUCCAGGACGCCAAGCGUCUGGUGGAGCGAUUCCGCAUCCCCAUCACCAAGAACCCGCUGCAGAUCUACUACAGCGCCUUGUCGUUCAGCCCGACUUUGUCGCCGAUCUACCAAACCUACUAUCAACCCGAGCGAAGACCAAGGGUUCUUCUGGGUGCGGACCGAUCGUGGGGCUCGCUACUGACGACAUUUGAAGGCCACACCCGUCAGAUCUAUGGAGUCGCCAUAUCGACUGACAAUCGGCUCAUCGCCACUGCCUCGUGGGACUUGAGCAUCCGGCUCUGGCUCACCGAGACCGGCGAGUGCGUCAAGACUCUGGAGGGCCACUCGGGCUUUAUCUACUGCGUCGCGUUUUCCUCAGACACUGAGACGCUUUAUUCGUGCGCCGAGGACAUGACGAUCAUGAUCUGGUCGGUUCGAACGGGGAAGGCUAUCCGAUCUCUGGCAGGCCACACCGGGCCGGUGAGGUCGCUCGCCCUCAGCGAGAAGAAGGAUCUGCUUGUCAGUGGAUCCAAGGACGGCACCAUCAAGGUCUGGUCUGCAAGCACCUACGAAUGCAUUCGGACACUCACCGGCCACGAAAGCAUGGUUUCGUCGCUCGUGAUUGCUGCCGACGGGACAACGGUUGUGUCUGGCUCAUGGGAUAGCACCAUCCGACUCUGGUCUGCGGAGACCGGCGAAUGCAUCCGCGUCAUCAAGAGCCAGACCGAGACUGUGAUCUCAGUCGAUGUGUCGCCCGAUGGGAAGCACAUUGCCUCUGUUGGGUCGAUGGACCCUGUUGCCCGAGUUUGGUCUGUGGAGACCGGAGAAUGCGUCAAGGUUCUCGAGGGCCAUGCCGGCGGAGGAACCUACGCCACCUUCUCGUCUGACGCUGCACGGCUGGCGAUCGGCUGCGAAGACGGGUCGAUUCACAUGUGGUCCGCGGGCAGUUAUGAGUACUCGCACACUCUGACUGGACACGGCAGCCCUGUCAAGUGCCUGGCGUACUCCCAGGACGGGUCGCUGUUGCUCUCGGGCUCGUGGGACUCCAAGGCCAAGCUCUGGAGCAUGCAGGUCGACGCCGAGGAUACCGACAGCAGCCACAAGAGCUUUGUGUCGGCAAUGGCGUUCGCGCCCGACGCCCAGCUCAUUGCCACGGGCUCCCGAGACAAGACCAUCAAGCUUUGGUCGCUCAAAACGGGCCAGUGCGUCGCCACGCUGGAGGGACACGGACGACCGAUUGCGGCGCUGGCCUUUUCAAAGUCGGGUCAGUAUCUCCGGUCGCGCGACUACGAUGCCGUAACCAAGUACUGGGAUGUGGCUGAGGCCCUGGCUCCGAAGAAGCCCGCGGCCGGGUCCCCCUGGAUGAGUCGGCUGCUGUCGCUGCCGAUUCUGGGAUCGAUCAAGAGCCAAGCCGAGAGGGCAUUUGUGGAGUACGAGGCGCCGCUGCUGCCCAAGUGCCUUGUGGACAAGCUGGGCUGGUACAUCCGCGACGAUAAGCCGCUGUUUUGGGUUCCAAGCGAGUUCCGUGUCUCGUCUGCGUCGUCGCUCGGCUUGGUGAUCUUUGCGACUCGCAGUGGACGCUGUCUCGUUGUCGAGUUGUAGAAACAGCUGGGCAACCCGAUGGGCCCAGGGCACGACCAUAGCUAUUUCUCCUCUUCCUCCUCCGUUGUACUCUAUCCUGCGUGUGUUCCGAAUCCAGACAAUGAAAGCAACCAAUCGUCACAAG